AUGGACUUUGGAUAUUCGCCUAGCCGGGAGUGUGGUACCAUGCACUUUCCCUCGCCCACGCACCCUCACAGCUACCGGCUCGACAGCACCCACUUCUCCCACCUCCAGGAACUCCGCCGCUCCCUCUCGCGCUCACCCUCCAAGCAGUCGCGCUUCCAGCUCCGCAACUCGGACACGCCCCGCUCGCCCAUUUCCCCGCUCGCUAUUGCGCGCGCCUUCUCUCCCAAGGGCGCCCACAAGCCCACGAGUCCCACCGCCACCUUCCCAGAGUCCCCGCUCGCCCAGGCAGUUCCAGCCAAGAAGAAGUUCUCCCUGCGCCGCUCAGGGCCGCUGCGCUCGUCUCCGCGCACCCGCAACAGCAAAUCCAAGAGCCCGCGACGCCGCGCCUUGGCCGAGACCACCGACAUUGGUAACGCGACGCCGUUUAUGACGUGGCCGACGAUUGGCCAGGAAAACACUCCCUCGCGACGAUCCAGCCCAGAGUCGCCCGGCACCAUGGACAUGGACAAGCGACUGGAAGUCGACGACAAACCCAUCAAGUUUGAGUUUGCCCGCCGCGCCGAGCUAUCACCUGUACCCCCCGCCAAAUCGAGCCCACUAAAGCGCAAUGAUGGACUCAUGAACGUCAGCGGAUCCCCCGGAUCCAGUCCCAUGGCAAAGCGCCGCAGUCUUCACGGGGUCCCGAGUCUUGGAAACGACUUUGAGAGCAUCUUUGAUCCCCCCGCACCCCGCGCUUCGCCAGAUGACGCAUCCCGCCAGCGCAACGACGCCAGCAACGAAUUCUGCUUCAAUAGCUCGCCCAUCUCGGGCGCGCAAUCGCCUGUUCGCCGAACAACAUCACUGCGCCGGUCGACCUUAUCACAGCGCUCCAACACCCCGCGUAAGCCGAGCUAUGACGGGGAGUUUGCCUUCCCCGGCCCGGCCGCUUCCAAGACGCGCACUCGCACAUCGCUUGACGGAUCAACAAACAAUGCAGCAGCGACAUCCGCCCUGCCCGCGCAGACACCAUUCCGAAAAUCCACUUUUGACGCCGGCCGCAUGGGCUUGCCCCAGCCUCUUCCUCGAGCGGGAGCUGGAAUGCAGACACAUCCUCUAUCGCAUGCGCACACUCCGCGCGCUGCUUCAUCGAGUCUCAGCGGUACGCCAAUGGCCCCUCCCCGAGCUCCAGCCGUGCAGUGGAACACGUCUGCAUUUCCCCCACAUCCCAUGUCAAGCAACCCGCAUUUCUCUCGUUCGCUCCCACUCGGUAUAGGCCGGCCCUAUGAGACCGAGUGCGAGCAGUCGGCGCACGAGUCGUUUGACACCCCCUUCAAGGCUGCGCAGCCGGCACCCGUCGCAUUUUCCACCGGCCUUCUCUCCAAGAAGAACCGCAAUGCCGACGAGCCAGCGGCAGGCGGCAUCUACGUGAUGCCCGAUACGCCUUCAAAGCGCCAGUCGUUCCCCCCAGCUGCGGCAGACCGGACAGUCAAUCUAGACACACCUCUGGUAAAGCGAUCGGGUAGCCUGUUCGGCAACGAUGCGCGACCACAACCCCAGUUUGGCACACCUAGCACACCAUUCAGUGCAAAUGUGUCCAAGUUCUCCACAGAGUCGUUUGGUAAGCGACCAAGCAUCUUCGGCGACAUUGGCAACACCAUGCAGCGCCGCGGCAGCUUUGUCAGUAUUGACGAUGGCGACAACGACGAUGACACUCAACCGGACAGCCAGUCGCCGACCGCGAACCGCAUGGGCGACAGUCAGUCCAGUGUGGACGAUAUGCCACCAACACCCACCAAGCCUAGCGGCAACUCCAGCCGCCGCUCAAAGGAAAGCAGCCUGCGCCGCAAGACGUUCCGUUCGCGUCCUUCUAUUGACUCGAACACGUUUGCGGUUCCUGACAACGAUGGCCGACCAACGACUGCUGGAAGUCUUUUUGGCGCCCCAUCACCAUCGACACCUGCGAAUGAUCCGUAUGCACCUCUUGAUGCAAGCAGGCUGUCAAUCUCCGGUAACCGUCGCGGGUCGUUUCCUUUUAACGCCAGCUUUGGCAACUUUGCACCCGCGACCCCAACAACACCUCGUGAUUCUGGCUUCUUCGGCAGCGUGUCAGGUGCAAUUCCCAUUGGCCUGACGAAGAACGAUGUCGAUGAGUCCAUCAGUGAGCGAUUCCACGAAAUCAGGCCUCUCGAUGGCGGAGAAGGCGAGUUCUCAACUGUAUACCGUGUCAGUCAUCCAGUCAAGCCUUCGCCCCAGAGGUCGCCUGCCGGCAGCAACGUCUGGGUAGUCAAGAAGUCCAAGAAGCCCUACAUGGGUGCAGGCGACCGCCAAAAGAAGAUGCGCGAAGUGGAAAUUCUCUAUGCUCUCCGCGGCAACGAACACGUGCUGUCCAUCAACACCCACUGGGAGUUUGACCAGCAUCUCUACAUUCAGACCGAGUACUGCGAGGGCGGUAAUCUGAGGAAAUACCUGGAUACCGUUGGCUUUAAUAGCCGUCUCGAUGACUUCCGCAUCUGGAAGAUCCUGCUUGAGCUUUUGAUGGGCCUCAAAGCCAUUCAUGAAGCAGGAUACAUUCACCUCGAUCUCAAGCCCGCCAACGUUCUCAUUGACUUUGAAGGCGGGCUGAAGAUUGCAGACUUUGGCUUGGCGAGCCAGUGGCCAGCUCCUGCUGGUAUCGAUGGCGAGGGUGACCGCCACUACCUCGCCCCCGAGCAACUCUCUGGUCGCUUCGACAAGCCUGCCGACAUCUUUGCCUUGGGCAUGAUGCUCGCCGAAAUCGCCGGUAACUGCGUCAUCCCCGAGAACGGCGAUUACUGGCAGAAGCUCCGCUCUGGCGAAUUCGAAAACGUGCUCCCAAGCUUGACCUGGAGCGCCGACAGCAGCACCCUCAGCCGAGAUUCUCACGGCGACCCAGUCUCCGAGCCACAGAGGCCUUCUAUGGACGGCUUCCUUAUGUCUGACGCGGAUGAGGACUCAAUGGCCCCCAUUCAAGUCAAGGCAGCAUCGAACCCUGAGGAAGACCUUGCACGCGCACCAUCCUUUAUGGUCCAGCGCAACGACCCCAACUCCAUGGACCACGUUGUGUAUGCAAUGCUGAACCGCGACCCUGAUCAACGACCAACCGCAGACCAAGUGCUUCAGUGCUAUGGCUGCCAGUGGGUUGAUUCUCGGCGUCGCUCGGGUGCCACCAUCUACGAGGGCAAUUUUGGCCCGAGCGACGAGGUUCUUGCUACAUACAGCGACGAACACUAUGGCGAUGCCGACAUGAUGGACAUGAGUUAAUUAUCUGCGCUUGAUUGUUUGUCAUUGUUCCGCAUCGUCACCCUCAUCAUCAUCGUCUUGGUUACAGCAUGGAUCUGCAGCCAUCUCGCCAUACAGGUGUACCUUGAUGAUUUUUCUGCUGCUGUACUACGCACUGCGGUCCGGAGUUUGGACAUGGUAAAAAAAAAGGCAAAUGGGCGAUUCCUAUUGCUUUUUUCACAGUUUCCGCUUGGAG